AUGUCUAUUGCAGAUCAGCCUGCAAGGGUCCGCACCAGUGUCCUACCUGAUCACAAGGAACCAAGAGCAGAUGUUGGACGAAGCUUCCUGGGCUGUACAACUUUUAGAGUAGGAGACUUGGUGAAAUCAAAGGAGCAACAGUUGACCCUUACCCUCAGGACUUCUGAUGGUGGAAAGACAGUUGGUACCAUUGAAGUCAAUCUUGUGAAGAUGGGAGAGCUAGAAGAUGGGGAAACGGACCACAUCACAACAGAUGCCCAGGAUCAAAAGUGUGCAUUGGUUCGUGAAUGUACCGCCACUGAAGGUGUGAGUGGUAAAGAAAACUUGCCUUCAUUAAAUGCAGUGUUAAAAAACCCCAUCUGUAAGUUAUAUAGAUUCCCUACUUCUGACAACAAGUGGAUGCAGAUUCGGGAACAGAUGGCCGAGACUACACUCUCUUUCCAUAUUCCUAAAGAACUCAUCAAUCUGCACAUAAAGGAGGAUAUGAGAAGGAAUCAGGAACUUAAAGACUUGGGAGAACUUGCUCCUCACUGGGACAAUAUGCGCAAAAGUGUUAUUGCUCACUGUGACCAGAUGUUGAGCAUGUACCAGGAUACUCUUGCAGAACUUGGGAAGCAUACAG